AUGGGACUCUCCAUUUCAUCCCUCUUCAAUCGGCUUUUCGCCAAGAAACAAAUGCGUAUCCUUAUGGUCGGUUUGGAUGCCGCUGGUAAAACCACUAUUCUGUACAAACUCAAACUCGGAGAAAUCGUUACCACCAUCCCUACAAUUGGUUUCAACGUCGAAACCGUCGAAUACAAAAACAUUUCCUUCACCGUCUGGGAUGUCGGUGGACAGGACAAGAUCCGACCUCUCUGGAGACACUACUACCAGAACACACAGGGACUCAUUUUCGUCGUCGACUCCUCCGAUCGAGAGCGUAUUCAAGAAUCACACGAUGAGCUCCACAAAAUGCUUAACGAGGAUGAGCUCCGAGACGCGAUCGUCCUGGUCUUUGCCAACAAACAGGAUCUUCCGAACGCUCUUUCAGUCACUGAAUUGACGGAAAAAUUAGGUCUUAAUACUCUUAGGCGAAAGUGGUAUGUACAGGCAGCCUGCGCCACUCAGGGAACUGGUCUCUACGAAGGUCUCGACUGGCUCUCAAGUGAGCUCUCGAAGUAA